AGCACUCGGUCCGACUAGACGUUUGGCAAGUUUUUGUCUUCACAACAUUGAUGUCGGUUCAGUUUUUGGUGAUGUUGCGUGCGUGAACGUUAAACAGAACAACAAGGAUGAACGAGUACAACUGGACACACUGGAUCGGGACUAAUUUGUGCGAACGAUGUGCUGAUCCGGAAAAUUUGGACGAUUCAGUUCAAGAACCAGAUGAGUUCCAGUGCUGGUUGGAUUUGUCUUUUGUGGCACUAGACGUGCUAGUGGCUUUCGUUUGGCUUUCAAUACUCAUUUACACGUGCAGUGCCAUAAAAAGCGUUCGCAGAAACCGUUGUUUAUCGCAAAAUUGCAGUUCAACAAUUUCCCGUUAUCCACUUCACGAUGUUCACUGGCUGUUGGUCGUGACAUUGUUCCUGACUCACCUCGCUGAUCUCGGAGACGUUCUACUCAUUUGGCAGAAUAACCCGUUGCAAAUCGCUAAAGUGUCCGUUGUCGUGCCCAUCAGCAACGCCCUCGUUGUCGUCUUAUCCUGCGUUUACUUUGACCGUAUCGAGGUAUGGCAGCGCGCUGCCUAUUUGCUAUGGCUAUGUCCGCAGUGGCUGGCCGAAGCCAUUCUCAAUUUCGUUCGUUGGCGUCACUUUCACUUGGAUUACACCAGAGAUACGGACGCUGUUGGAUCUGUCGCCAUACAACUAGUCAUAACGUGGAUGAAAAUUAUGCUGGCCGUCUUUCUCUUCGUUGUCGACGCCACGACAGCACUACAGAAGGGACCAUCAACGGCUGGAACGGAAUCAAAAGCAAAGGAUAUUCAUCCACCUGAUAAGGAUACGAUAUCAACAAAGUCCAUGGAUUCGGUGUUCGUUCAAUCGUUUCCAUCACAGGUGGAAAAGAACCCAAAAUACUGUUACCUGCACGGCCAAUCAAACCUGCUUUCCAAAGCGACCUUUUUUUGGCUCAAUCCACUCUUGCUGGUUGGUUUCUGGACUCCGCUAGAACAAAAACAUCUUGGCCCUCUACCAAACGACUACAAAGCCUCCCAGUUGAGCCAACAGAUCCGAACAUUACUCGAUACUAAGAAUCCCAAUUUAUGGCGAUGCUAUUGGUCUUUCUCAUGGCGGGCAAUCUUGCUCGGCGGAUGGCUCAAAUUCUUUGGUGAUCUCGUCGGUUAUGUUGCACCGCUUGGUAUUCAAGUCAUGGUCGGUUACGUGAACUCCGCGUCUGCAAGCAACUCCACCGAUGCGAACAACACCACCGGGACUUACUACUCAUCCGUGACGGAUUUCUUAUCCAACGGUUACAUCAUGGCCGUCAUAGUCUUUCUGUCGAGCUUCUUGCAAGGAACAUUAUCUCAAGCGUCCAGUCACGUCCUCUGCGUUGAGGGUAUCAGGCUCAAGACGGCCCUUCAAUCUUUCAUGUAUGAGAAAUCUCUACGUCUCUCCUCUUUAAGCGGAGUAGCUGCCGAUUCGGACAAAGUUGAUGAUGAAGAACAUCCAAAAUUGGAAGACGCUUCGCUGCAGCUGGAUGCCGGUACGUUAAGUCAGCUUCUGACGGAAGAUUGUGACAACACCAUGGUGUUCUUGUGCCUGUGCCAUUAUCUGUGGGCCAUUCCUCUCAAACUGGCCAUUCUGCUGUACUUGCUCCAUCAGAAAUUGGGCGUAGGCAGCGUCAUUGCCGCCCUACUCUGCCUUCUAUUAAUGGUGCCCGCUCAGUUCUUACUGGGACGCAACAUAUCACACCAGAACAAAUCGAGUAUGAGGGAGGCUGGCAGAAGAUUAGCGAAAAUCCACGAAUGGAUAUCCAACAUGAAACUUUUCCGGCUGUACGCUUGGGAACGUUCGGGAUUGAGUCGGAUUCGGGCGGUGAGAAGGAAAGAGUUGCAACACCUCUGGUCGUAUUCUAUUCAAUGGGCCUGGGCCACUUUUUUGACCCAGGCCUCCACUGUGGCACUGACUUUGUUGACUUUUGUUCUCUAUCCGUUUCUGUCUUCUUCCGGAACUUCUCCCUCCGCAGCAGAAGCUCUCUCUGGAUUGGCUCUGAUUAAUCAAUUUACCGUCCCAUUGACCAUCAUUCCAGUCAUUGUGCCGGAGCUGAUUGCCGCCUGCAAUAGCACCCUCCGACUAGGCGAAUUCUUUCGCAAAUCGGACAUCUCUAUCCAGCGCCAUCAUCACUCCAAACUGUCAGUCGAAUCGGUUGAAGGGCAGGAGCCUUCAUCCGCCACCAAUGAAUCGAUUUCUGUCCGCACGUUGGAAAACAUCGCGGAAGACGAAGAACACCAGCAAUCCUGUUCGGACAGUUGCACUGACUCUGAUAAGUCCGUUCGAUUCGAUCAACAGGAAGAGUUGGCCGUCAGGGUAAGUCACGCUACCUUCAGUUGGCAUCCAGUUGAUGUGGACAACGACCGCAAUGACUUCAUGCUAUCCGACAUUAGCCUAGAAAUAGGCCAAGGCCGACUGACGGCCAUCGUCGGUCAUGUCGGCAGUGGCAAAUCAUCGUUGAUGAUGGCUUUGCUAGGAGAGUUAGAGAUGAAAUCGGGCAGUUUAACAUGGGCAUCAACGGCCAGUACUCAAGUGGGUUACGUCGCCCAACGACCGUGGUUAAUGCACGCCUCUUUGAGAGAUAACAUCCUCUUCGGCAACGCCCUUUACGCCAAACGCUACAGCAAAGUGUUGGAAGCGUGCGCUCUGACGCAAGAUGUCGAAUUAUUCCAGCAGAGGGAUACCACUCUGAUUGGAUCUAAAGGACAGAACGUUUCUGGUGGCCAAAAGGCCCGCAUUUCGUUAGCUAGAGCUAUCUAUUCACCGGCCUCCACCUUAUUACUGGACGACCCGUUCGCGGCUCUUGAUCUGCCAGUGGCACAGCACGUUUUUCAAGAGGCGAUCCAGCGCAUCCUACUCCGCCAAGGAAGAAACGUCAUCUUGGCAACGCAUCACAUGGAAUACGCCAUGCAAGCAGAUCACGUCGUCGUCAUGGAUUCGGGCACCAUUCUAGUGCAGGGCUCUCCAGAAAAAGUUGCUUCCGUUUGGCCGGAAUUGUUGAACCAUUCGAGCCAGUCGGUCCAAGACUCGUCCAGUUUAUCAAAGGGAACGGCUAAAGAUAGAUGGAAUAUGCUUCGAUUGGUCACGAAAACCGGCUACGUUUUCAAAGCAAGUAGCAGUCGGAAAGAGGAAGAGAUCACGAUCCAACCGACGGACUCCGUACACGGCCAGCGAUGGAAACGUCGCUCCAGCCGCUUGAAUGCCUUGUCCAUUCACAUGUCGCACGAUCUUCCACUCAUGACCGAUGAAAUGACAAUCGACGAACUUCUACCCGACGUUGGAAUGGCAUGUGAUCGUCUGUACGGGUCCAGAAGUCUGCGGACUCGUCAUCUCAGCUCAUUGAAUGGACCACUGCCGGAAACCCUACCGUCAGCACCACAACAACCACGUUCCAUUUCUUUCUCACUGAAAGGUCCAUCGGCAGUUUUCUCUUCUUUCGUCAACAGAAGACGGACGCGUUCAAGAGAUCGAUUCUCUCAAAUUCAUCACCAACCGGUCGUGUCACUCCAUCCGCUUGCGGAUUCUUCCUGGAGUGCUAACGGCAGCGGUAGCAGCCAUAGUAGCCGCGUAGGCUGUAGUUCCAACAAUCAUAGACCAUCCCUGUUUCGGCUUUAUUCGACUCCUGUGGGCAAACGCUCAUCGGAAGUCGAUGGCUCUCAGAGACGGACAAGCGCAGAGAGCGAUCGUUCAUCGUUGACCGUUAGACGGACGUAUUCGGACCAAGAGUCCCGUCAACACCAACCGGGCAUACAGAGAUUGGUGUCCACAGUGUCAGGUUUCUCGGAGGAAAUCAAUGCUGAUCCGGAAGAGGCCGAUCAGGAUCGAGGGCUGUUACGGGAUCCCGCAGCAAUCGACGAAGAGCGCCAAUAUGGCAGAAUCCCUCGCCGGCUCUACUGGCUGUACGCUCGCGCUUGUGGAAUAUUUCUAACAUUGAGUUACUUUUGCGGUUCGAUCGGUUGGCAAAGCGCUCGCCUUGCCACCGAUUACUGGCUCGUAGUUUAUCAAAUCGAAACCCACAAUUCAUCCUCAAUGAAUACGAUGUCGAAUAACGGCCAACAGCCUACGACUGUCACCGAAGAGACAGGCACCAGUUAUUUUUACCUUGGCAUCUACGUUUUGCUGUCCAUUGUAUCAGUUAUCGCCGCCAUUAUGACCAACAUCCUCGGGCAGGCGGCGGGCAAUCAAGGCAGAAAAAGGCUGCACGAUGAUUUGUUAACAAGCCUUUCACGCUGCCACACGCGCUUGUUUGACGUGGAACCGACGGGCCGUUUGUUGAAUCGCUUCAGCAGCGACAUGUCUAUGAUAGACAAAAAACUAGCGACGACUGUUCAACGCCUCGUCCAGUUUGUUCUCAUGUGUUUGUCCGCCAUCGUCAUUAACGUCGUCAUCAGUCCGUGGUCCCUCCUCAUAGCUGUAUUCAUCGUCGUCAUAUUUUAUAUGCUUCAAAGGUUCUUCCGCACUUCGGCCAGGGAAUUACAACGAUUGGAGAGUCUAUCUAAAGGACCUGUGGUUUCUCAUCUGACCGAAACACUUUCCGGCUUGGCGACCGUAAGAGCGUUUGGCCAGCAACGUCGAUUUCUACAGACUAUGUACGAAAGGAUGGAUAGCCAUUCGGCAGCAGUUCUAGUCCUCAAUUCUACUAACCGCUGGCUCGGUUUCGCCCUGGACUCUUUAGGUGCAGCGGUUGUGUUGGUAGCCAUGUUGCUGGCCUUGUUCGUUCAUAGGAGCUAUCCCGAGCAUCUGACUCCCGGCCAAAUUGGCCUAGCCAUCAGUUAUACUCUGAUGACGCCCAUCUAUUUGCAGUGGGUCGUUCGUUUCUGGUCCGAACUGGAGAUGUACUUUAAUGCCGUUGAACGAGUACUUCACUACUCUGAAUUACAACCCGAAAGCGAAACGACAACUGUGGCAUCCGACAGCCAAUGGCCGCGUAAGGGUGAUAUCGAAAUUUCGAACCUAUCGGUCACCUAUCACUGUAGCCUAGAGCCGGUGUUGCGUGAUCUCAGUUUGACUAUCGGGCAUGGCCAGAAGAUCGGCAUUUGUGGCCGCACGGGUAGUGGGAAAUCCACUUUGGUCAACGCCAUUUUUCGGCUUGCUGACACGGCCGCCGGUCAUAUCAAACUAGAUGGUAUCGAUAUCGCUACGCUGGAACCACAUUACCUAAGAUCUCGGUUGACAGCCGUUCCUCAAGACACUCUGAUAUUCGCCGGUACUCUUAGAGAUAAUUUAGAUCCAGAACAUCAAAUACCUGAUGUAGAACUAUGGGCUGCUUUGGAGGCUGUACACCUCAAAGAUUGUUUCCGGAGUAUUGGAUUGGAUGGAGAAAUGUUUAAGGGAGGUAGUUGCAGCCUGAGCGUUGGUCAACAACAGCUAUUCAGUCUGGCACGGGCAUCCCUUCGUCCGUCAACGAUCCUCGUUCUAGACGAGCCAAGUAGCGCGUUAGAUGUAGAAGCCGAGCAAACUUUGCAUCAUUGCCUAGAUCAUCUAUUCGAAAAUCGAACUAUUCUCCUUGUGGCGCAUCGCCUAUCGAGCUUGCGAAAAUGCGACUGGAUUUGCGUCAUGGAAAAUGGACAACUAGUACUACAAGGCACACCAGACCAAGUUUUAAACGAGCUGCCAAUUUCUGAUUGAAAACUGUUGCCAUUAAACAUAGCUUUUAUUUGAUCUAAUAGACAUUAUCGCUAAACCGUAUUUUUUGUUAUUUCCGGAAAUCACGUCAAGUUGAUCAACUGAUGACCUUUUUCUAAUUUGCGCAAUGUGUAGCAAAUAAACUGGGAAAUUGAUAUGCCGAAUGAAAAAUUGUUUGUUUGCUGUACAUCAAUAAUCUCUUUAAAAAGUAAAUAAAACUGAACUACGAGUAGU